AUGCUUCCAAGAACCAAAGGUUUUCAAGUUUGUAAUUUGAAUUCACUUACGAAUUCAUUCUCACCAGGUCCACAAUCAAGCGAUGAGAAUAUCCCAGAGCAAUCAGAUGAGAGUGCACUUAGAAUGGCCUUUGGUGGUGAAUCUUCAACAUCAUCCCUAACUUCAUCUCUAACAAAAAAACAACUCAUAGAAAAGAAGAUGGAAGAAAUUAACAUGACAUUCAAAGCAAUUCGUGCAAGUCAGCGUAUAGAUUUGCUUUUUCUUUUGGAUUGUACCGGAUCUAUGGGCGAAUAUAUCAAUCAAGUAAAGAAUGACUUGGUUGAACUGCGAGAAGAGUUGAAAGUCAACUACAAGAGUCUAGACAUGAUGUUUGGUUUCAUUCGAUACACCGAUUUCGAUGUGAAGAAACCUUACUCUAUAUUAGAUUUCACCAACAAAACACUAGAAUUUGUGAAUUUUGUUUCUUCUAUCAAAGACGAAGGCGGAGCUGAUGCACCAUGUCACGGAGAGGAAUAUCAUGAUAUCCCAGACAACUAUCCAGAUGGAGAUCUGAAUGGUAUUACACUUGAUUCGUUGAUGAAAGAUAUCAUUUCUCUCGAUAUCAAUUAUUUCUUUGGUCACAUUGUAAAGUCUGCCACAAGCAAAAUGAUUGAUAUCUUCAACAAACGAUUGGCAUUACUAUCUAAAAAUAUGAGAACAAUCAAUACAUUCGAUUCCAAAGAUAUAUCAACACUCAGCACUCACUUGUUGAAAUCAGUUGAAUCAUCAAUUUCAUCAUCAAGAUCCACUUUAACAAGUCAACUUGUUGAUAAGGAACCGAGAAUACCCAAAGAAUACAUCAUUGUUAAAGAAGUUCCAUAUUUUCCAACACUUCCACUAAUCCAAAUGGAAAUAAUUCAUUUGAAGAUUCCAAACUCUUUAGAUGCUUGCCUGGGUGAAAAUUAUAAGUAUAGUCCAUUUACAGAAGGUAUCGAGAUCAAAAUGGCACCACAACCAUUUUCUCAAGGAGGAAAUCGUUUGGCAUACCAUGCUGUCGAUAAAGAUGGCAAUCGUAAGGUGGUAAAACAAUCAAAAUUCAAAGGUGAGACGCACAAUUCAAUGAAACGAUAUUUUGAAGAAAUAGAAUGUCAAACUGUUGCUGCUAAAUUUGCAUUUGAUUUCAAUCACCUCAGAGGUAAACAAGAUAUCAAUUUUACAUUUGCCAAAUCGAGAAGCUCAUUGAAGGUGAUUAUCAAAAGUUCAACAGUAAUCAUGGAUGGUUAA